UCAGCUGCAGUUUGUAACCCUGCACUUUAAGGUGUUGGAUCUUGAAAUGGGUGAAUUCCAGAUCAUCCAGCAGUAGGACGGGGUGAAAGAUAUGACAUGAAGAGAGGUGAGUUCCACCCAAGGUGCAGGACACAGGAAACUGGGUGAGAAUCGGGAAGGGGAAUGAGAUUAAAUAGCCAUCGUAGAGUACUCCAGUGCCAUGCCUGCACAAUAACAAGAGGAACACUUUAGAAACUGUUGGGGGGAGGAAAGUCAAAGGGCUGAUAAGUGGCUUUGUUAGGGGAACAGAGCAAGAGGCAAUUAAUAUCUUAGUGGUAAGGCUUACUAGAGCUAGUGGGGUUUGGGGCUGAUAUGGUUAAAGUAAGUUGUAGGGGGAAUGGGAGCCAGAAUGACAGAACAGAUAGUGGAGAUGGUGAAUUGAAUUGACUUUAUUAUGUACAUCCUUCAUAUAGAUGAGUAGAAAUAUUUACAUUACAUUACUGUCUAAAUGUGCAAUGUGUAAUUGAAAUUGAUUUAUAAUGUUUAGUUUGUAUAUAGGACAGUCAAGAAAGCAAUUAAUCAGUCUGAUGGCCUGGUGGAAGAUGAUGUCCCGGAGCCUGUUGCUGUGGUACCGUUUCCUGGAUGGUGGCAGCAAGAACAGUUUGUGGUUGUGAACUUUUUUAGGUGUAUAAGAUGAUGAGGGGUAUUGAUCGUCUGGAUAGCCAGAGGAUUUUUCCCAGGGCUGAAGUGUCUAACACGAGGGAGCAGAGUUUUCAGGUGCUUGGAAAUAGAUACCGACGGGAUGUUGGGGUAAGUUUUCUACACAGAGCCUGGUGGGUGCAUGGAAUACACUGCCGACUUCACUGUUUCAGUUACUGUGGGGCCAGGCAGCUCAGUGGGAACAAGGAAUAAUACCAAUGGAGAGAGUCAAACUCAGCCAAGGUACAAAUUGGAGAUGGCAGAAAUGCCUGAUUCUUAUAGAAACGGGAACAGCAUCAGGGAAUUGAUGGUCAUUCCAGAUACCAGCACUGUGUCCAGUUACAAGAUGAUUUCUCUCACCAACUUGGGUUGAACCUCACUUUAACAGUGUGAUGUCAGAUCACACCUUGACAACUCAAGUGAUCUCAUCUGAAAUGUUGUCCUACACACAUUGAUGGAUUUUGUAAAUCUUUUUACAGGUUAAAAAUGACAAGGAAUUUGUCUACGGGAAUCCCGAACACAACACACCAGUUUUGCUGUCUCUGUCCAGAUACUUAAGAAGAGGAGCAAGCGAUUCACUCGAUCAUCCUUCCUGCUCAGACUGCGGAGAGGGAUUCACUCGAUCAUCUGACCGACUGGCACGCCUGUAAUUUCAAACAUCUGCUCAGACAGUGGGAAUGGAUUCAGUCGGUCAACUCAACUGAAGGUACAGCAGCAAGUUCACACAGGGACGAGACCAUUCACCUGUUCUGUGUGUGAGAAGGGAUUCAGUCAGUCUUCCCACCUGCAGACACAUCAGUCAGUUCACCCUGGGCAGAGGCUGGUCAUCUGCUGAAUUUGUGGGGAAGGAUUCACUCGGUCAUCUGACCUAAUGGCUCACCAGCGAGUUCACACUGGAGAGAGGCCGUUCACCUGCUUGGACUGUGGGAAGGGGUUCACUUGGUCAUGCCAUCUGAAGCUACAUCAGAGAGUUCACACUGGGGAGAGGCCAUUUACCUGCUCAGUCUGUGGGAAGAGAUUCACUCAGUCAUCCAGCCUAAUGGCUCACCAGCAAGUUCACACUGGAGAGUGGCCGUUCACCUGCUUGGACUGUGGGAAGGGGUUCACUCAGUCAUGCCAUCUGAAGGUACAUCAGCGAAUUCACACUGGGGAGAGGCCGUUCACCUGCUCAGACUGUGGGAAGGGAUUCACUCAGUCAUCUGAACUGAAGGUACAUCAGCGAGUUCACUCUGGUGAGAGGCCAUUCACCUGCUCAGACUGUGGGAAAGGAUUCACUCAGUCAUUUAAGCUCAAAAUACAUCAGCGAGUUCACACUGGAGAGAAGCCGUUCACCUGCUCAGACUGUGGGAAGGGAUUCACUCAGUCUGCCCACCUACGAUCACACAUGUCAGUUCACACUGGGAAGAGGCCGUUUACCUGUUCAUACUGUGGGGAGGGAUUCAUUUUGUCAUCACAGCUGCUGGCACAUCAGCGAGUUCACACUGGGGAGAGACCGUUCACCUGCUCAGACUGUGGGAAGGGAUUCACACAGUCGUACAGCCUACUGGUUCACCAGCGGCUUCACACCGGCGAGCGGCCGUUCACCUGUUCGGACUGUGGGAAGGGAUUCACUUGCUUAGCUAAACUGAAGCUACAUCAGAGAGUUCACACUGGAGAGAGGCCGUUCACCUGCUCAGACUGUGGGAAGGGAUUCAUUUGCUCAUCUGAACUGAAGGUACAUCGGAGAGUUCACACUGGGGAGCGGCCGUUCAUCUGCUCAGACUGUGGGAAGGGAUUCAUUCAAUCAUGCACUCUGAAGGUACAUCAGCGAGUUCACACUGGGGAGCGGCCGUUCAUCUGCUCAGAAUGUGGGAAGGGAUUCAUUCAAUCAUCCACUCUGAAAGUACAUCAGCGAGUUCACACCAGAGAGAGGCCAUUCACCUGCUCAGAGUGUGGGAAGGGAUUCACUCGGUCAUCUCAACUACAGAGACACCAGCGAGUUCACACCGGGGAGAGGCCAUUCACCUGCUCAGAAUGUGGGAAGGGAUUCAGUCGAUCAUGUCAACUACAGACACACCGGCAAGUUCACACUGGCGAGAGGCCGUUCAUCUGCUCGGAAUGUUCAAAGGGAUUCACUCAGGCAUCUCACCUACUGAGACACCAGCGAGUUCACACUGGAGAGAGGCCAUUCACCUGCUCAGAGUGUGGGAAGGGAUUCAUUCAAUCAUCCACUCUGAAAGUACAUCAGCGAGUUCACACCAGAGAGAGGCCAUUCACCUGCUCAGAGUGUGGGAAGGGAUUCACUCAGUUAGGUAACCUACAAGCACACCAGCGAGUUCACACUGGGGAGAGGCCGUUCACCUGUUCAGACUGUGGGAAGGGAUUCACUCAGUCAUCCAGCCUACAAGCACACCGGUCAGUUCAUACUGGGGAGAAGCUGUUCACCUGCUGAAGCCUGAAUUAUACCUCUGCAUAGACGCUAUGCCGUUGUGAGCAUUUCUAUUUGUGAUUUUGUGUGUCUGCAUCACUGCCAAAAUGCUAGUUGGUGUUGGGGUUCUGUGCUACUGUGUUGAAUUGACUUGUGUUGAGUUGCGAACAAUGGCGACUGCUGACUACGUCUUGUUGGAGUUGGAGCUAAUCAAUGUUGCAGAAGUGUUACUUUUUUUGAAAUUACUGCAACGCAGAAAAAUGAGAAGUUUUUCCAUUACCUUUUGCAGUCCAUGAUGUCCAAAGCAAUGUUGGAAAUUUCUUUGCACGAUUUUGAUGCCAUUUUCAAGUCUUUAUUGUCUGCCAAUGAAGAGUCGUGCACAUGUACAUAUUUUCUGACUACCUCACCUAACCUCUCCUUGAUGUGGUCCACUGUCCAACUUCGAAGCAUGAGGAAAUGCGCAGGAGGAAACUGGCAGCUGCCAAGUGGACCAAUCACAGUUCUUGCCAUCUGUGUUACCGCGACGUGGAGCUGCAUUUUUGAGAAGGUGCGCGUUAGGCUACAUUAGGCGAAGGACUCUCAUGGAGGCGCUACAUGGAGUAGGUUGCAUUCUGGCUUUGCACUGUUCAUUUUAAAUUUCCUUACCACCCCUUUGACAUCUUUAUCAAAGUGUUUAUAACACUUUUAUCUGUUUGAAUUUGAAUUUGAUUUGACUGAAAUGGCUAACAGAGGAAGAAAGGCAUUAGCCGAAGGCAAGGAAACCGGUGAUGGAAAUGGGAAGAAAGAAGAUGUCUUUGAACAGCCUAAAAAGUUUCAACUUACUUUACAGGCUAUCUCGAAUCUUUUGGAUGAAAAACUUGAUGAAAGAUUUACUACCUUGGAAGUAUGGUUAAAGGAGAGCGAAGGUAGGUUGGCAACACUUGAAAAGAAGAAUGAAAAACAGCAGCGGCAAUUUUCAGAGCUUAUUAAACCGGGAUCAUAAAUUGAAUUCUUUGGAAAAGAAGUGAACUUUGACCACUCAUACAUUGGAGCAGAAUAAAGUCAGGUUUACUGAUUUGGAGAGUCAAAGCCACAGACUGAAUUUGCGAAUAAUAGACUCAGUGAGGACGUUGAGAGCCGGGAUCUUACUCAGUUUUUUUCUCAAUUCUUCAUCUCAUUUUUCAAUCUUUUUUAUUGGUUUCCAAAUAAAGAAUAUACAAAUUGGAAGAGGAGUUUAACAAGUAGAUAAUAUAAAAAAAUAUAUAAACAGCAGUAGUAAAAACAGAAAGUAUAUCAUGUCAAAAUCAAAUGGAUAAAAUGCUUCCUUGGAAUAAUCCCAAAAAUUGCUGUGUGGAUUAGGUUGAACAUCUGCAUCUAUAACUUUAGAUAAUAUUCCAAACACAUCCCUCCAAAAAUUAUUUAAACUUAACUCAUGAACAAAACAUAUGAGUUAGAGUAGCCACUUCUGCAUUACACCUGUCACAAAUAGGGUUUAUAUUAGGAAAAAUAUGCGCCAAUUUAUCUUUGAACAUAUGGGCCCUGUGUACUAUCUUAAAAAUUCUUAAUGGAGGUCUUUGGCUCGGAGGUAUUUCCUUCCCUUCCUGCACUCGACCGUGCACAUCGGGUGCUGAAACCAAAACUGUCGAACGGGUUAAAACCACGUCAUGUAAUUCUUCGAUGUCACAAUGUGAAUAAUAAGGAGCUCUUCAUUUGGAUUGCUCGUCAGAAAGGAGUUACUGAGCAUGAGAAUCUUAAGUUUCAUUUUGUUGAAGAUUUUUGUCCUGAGGUAUGCAAGAAAUAUUGCAUUUUAAAAUGGUGAUGUCAGAAUUAUAUCAGAGGAAUCUUUGUUCAGCUUUGUUAUAUCCCUUUCACCUAAGGGUUGCUCUGCCUGAUAAAUCAUUCAAAUGCUUUAAAUCCGUGAAUGAAGCAAAACAAUUUCUCGAAGAUCUGAGCUUGAACGUAGAUGUCUAAUGUUUUGAAGAUCAACAUUUGAGCUUGGAUGUCUCUGAAAUUUACCAUUCCUUUUUGUAUGUGUGUAUCUGGUUUAUUAGUUAACAACCAGCUUCUAGAUUUGGACACUUAAGAAAUUUGCCCUUGGGUUGAUUACAUUCGUACUGUGUUUUGACAUUCGGAUACUUAUUAUGUUUCCAUGUUAAAGUUACUUUAUUUUUCCUUCAUUGUUUUACUUUUUUAUUUUUAAUUGUUUGCUUUUGAAAAUCAUUAAGACUCUGAUUUGCUGAUUAUUUCCUUUUUCUUGAAAUAUUAUUAAGAUUGUAUUUUGUGUCAUUUUUUAAGACCUUUUCUGGUCUGCAAUUGGCUGUUUUUCUCUAACAUCUGCUUGACAUUCCUCUCGUAAUGUUUUGACAAUGGGUGGUUUGUUUUUUAUUUUUUAUUUAUUUCCUAAAAAUGACAAAAAUUUCACUGAAUGUGCAUCAGACAGACCUAUAUCUUUUUGAAUGUUGAAUCUAAAAUCCUUUCUCAAAUAUUAGCAAUUAGAUUGGUGAAGAUAUUGCCACAAAUUGUCGCCGAGCAUCAGACAGGAUUUAUUAAAAAUCAUUAUACACAUUUUAAUGUUUGGAGGUUAAUGAACAUUGUAUACACUACUUUAUCUAAGACUCCAGAAUGUGUUAUCUCCCUCGAUGCCGAGAAGGCGUUUGAUAAAUUUGAAUGGGAAUAUUUUAAAAUUCUUGAGAGAUUUAAUUUUAGUCCAAAAUUUAUAUCUUGGAUCCAAUUGAUAUAACAUAUACCUUUGGCUUCUGUUUCACUAAUGAUCAGAGACCCCCUUUCUUUAGGCUUUUCCAAGGUACUAGACAAGGCUGUCCUUUGAAAUCCUUACUAUCUGAUAUUAGCCUGGAGACCUUGGCAAUUGCUAUUCGUGAUUCAUCCAAUGUAUUUGGUGUUACUCAUGGGAAUGGGAUGCGUAAAGUAUCACUGUAUGCAGAUAACCUUUCGCUAUAUAUUUCUAAUCCAGAGACAUCCAUUCCUGCAGUAAUAACACAACUUGCUCAGUUUAGUAGUAGUUCUGCUUUUAAACUGAAUCUUAAUAAAAGUAUGCUGUCUCCAUUAAAAAUGCAAAUCUCAAUUUAUAGACAAGUCACCAUUUAGAUUGCUUGCUGAUUAUUUUAUUUAUUUGGGUGUUAAAAUUACUAAGAAGCACAAUGAUCUAUUUAAAGUUAAUGUUUACUCUUAAUUGAUCAUGCUAAACAAUUGUUUACUAAAUGGUCCACAUUUUCCUUAUCCUUGAUUGGUUCCAUUCAUGCUAUUAAGAUGAUUAUUUUACCUAAAUAUCAGUACCUAUUUCAGGUGGUAUCAAUUUUUAUCUCUAACUUUUUUAUAUAUUAUUGAUUCUAAAAUUUCUGCAUAUAUAUGGCAGAAUAGAGAUCCCAGGUUAUAUUAGAAAUAUUUAAAGAAAUCAAAAAAGGUAUGUGGCUUGGUUUUGCCGUUUCCUAGAUUUUAUUAUUGGGCAAUUAAUAUUCGAUAUUUAAUGUUUUGGACACAAGAGUUGGAUGAACAUUGAGCGGGAGUCUCGACAGGAGUUUUCAUUGGCUUCUAUUUUAGGGGCUGUGCUUCCCUUUGCACUUACCAAAUUUAAUAAGCAAAUGGUAAUUCCAAUAAUUAAGCAUACAAUAGGAAUAUGGUUUCAAUGUUGGUAAUUUUUUGGACCAAAUAAAUAUAUACUGUCAAGUUCUAUGACAUCCAUUUUUUUCUUUCAACCAUUUAGAAUUGAUCAAGCUUUUCUUUGUUUUCAUGAUUUAUUUAUGGAUGAUCUUUUGUGGCUUUUGAACAGUUUUCUAAUAAAUAUAAUCUGCCUGGAUCACACUUUUUCAGAUAUUUGCAGAUUAGAAACCUUUGAACCUUCCGUUGCGAUAUCACAUCAAAUUGAAGUUAUGGAAAAAAAUAAGUUUAAAUCCAUAUCAGAAGAGUUUAAUAUCAUUUAUUUGAUUUAAUUGUGAAAAUACGCUUAGGUACUUCUGAUAAAAUUAAGAAUGAGUGGGAAAGAGAACUUGGGAUACCUUUACCUAUACAAAAAUGGGAGAAAAUUCUUGAACUAGAAAAUACCUCUUCAGUGUGUGUCAGACAUGCCUUCAUGCAAUUUAAGGUGGUUCAUCGGGCUCAUAUGUCCAAGGAUAAGUUUGCUCAUUUUUACUGACAUAUAAAUCCUGUCUGUGAUAGAUGUAAUUCCGGGGUAGCUUCCUUGACACAUAUGUUCUGGUCUUGUCCUCUUCUUAAAAAAAAUUGGAAGGAUAUUUUGAGAUAUUAUCUCAGUAGUUCUGCGUAUUGAUUUACAGCCACAUCCUAUUACCACAAUUUUUGGAGGACCGGUCCGGUGGUAGACUCCAGUCAUUUAUCCUCGUCUGCUUGUCAUCUAAUUGUGUUUGUUACAUUAAUGGCCAUCAGAUCUACUUUACUUAAAUGGAAAGAUUCCAAUCUCCCUACUACAUUUGAAUGGUUUUCCCAAACCAGAGUAUGUCUAAACUUGGAAAAAAUUAGGAGCGGUACUGUGGAUCCUUCGGUUGAAUCUGAAGAGACUUUGAGGCCAUUUAUUCAAUAAUUUCAUAUGAUGCAAGUUGACCCUUUCUGAAUCUUGUGUAAUAAGUUUUUGUACUUGUAUAGACGAGCGGAGUUAACGCCAAAUAAUUUCAGCCGUUGUAAUAUGACAGCCCAAUUUUGUCUUUUUUUUAGUUUAGUGUUCUUUCUAGUUUACGUUUUUUUUCCUUAUAUAAUAUCUCUUUCAUGGUUAGUUGCUAUGAGAUUGGGAGGCUAAACUAUAUUUGUCAUUUGGAAUCUGUGCUUUUACAUGAUAACCAUUAUUAAUGUAAUUCCGAUCUCUUUGUAUUAUUAGAUUAUUGCUAUGCUUAUUAAAUUUGAAACUUAAUAAAACGAUUGAAAAAGAAAAGGAAACUGGCUGCUACCAAGUGGACCAAUCACAGUUUUUGUCUGCGUAGUUGCAUUUUUAGGAAUGUGCGCAUUAGGCUACGGGAUACGAUAAAGCCGAGGGUGCAGCGUCGGGUACGCGGCUACCUCGACGGAGAAGAAUAAUUCAGGCUUCAAUGUGUGGGAAGGGAUUCACUCGGUCAUCUCAACUACAGAGACACCAGUUCACAUAGGGUAGAGACUGAUCACCUGUGCAGACUUUAGAAGGAGAGUUCCACAGCCAAAUCAACCAAAAGUGCAUCAUUGAGUUCACACUGUGGAGAGGUUGUUCAUCUGCUGUGAAUAAGGGAAGCUAUUCACUCAUUCAUCUAACCUUACUCAACUUUCGCUUCAGCUGGCAAUUUAAUAUAAGGGGUGA